AUGGAAGGCCGUGCAGUAUCUCACUUUGACGCCAGGCUCCAGCAGCGACUACAGGAUGUGAUGCGCAGUAUGGAGUAUCCUAUCCCAGAGGAAAGAGAGACAGAGUGGAGGGUGGCGCUUCGUACCGAUCUCUGGAAGGAGGACAUCGACGAAAUUCGACCCUUCCGGUGCGAGGAAAUCCUGACCACUAACCAGCGCCAAGCAGAACAACUAGAGCUGCGGAUGCCGUUAUUGGGAAACCAGCCCUCAGAGGAAUGGGUAAGCGAACUGGAGACGCUAGUUGAGACUGAGGUGUGGCUGGAUGAUUCCUAUCGGGCCCUGCGGUGGCAUGUUUACCACCUCUACCCAUGGCUGAUUGAGUACAAGUGUAUUGAGGGGGAAGACUACGACGGCCCUGGUUUGUUGUGGGAUACUAUUGAAACUAGUCUCUGGUUCGGAGACACCGACAUUGCUCGCUUCUGGUCCAUCCGAGCUGAGCGGGCAGACAACUGGGACCUUACAGAGAUCGAUGCCAUUCAGCCAGAUCUAUCUUUUCUUGCCAACCGAGAGUGGGAACUAGAACAGGAUUAUGUUUGCCUAUUCCAACGUAUAACGCCGCCUGUCUUUGACAUGAUGGGGCUUAUUGACUGUAUACCACCGGAAGCAUUGAGUUUAGUUCCUCCUCCCCAGCAACCAAGCCUGUUAUCAGGAGACUUUGGUACUGUACCACAUAUGUCCCAACCAGCCCCAGAGAUGGAAGACCUUAUUGACUUGUCCUGGGAAGACACCCAGCUGGCAGGUGGGGAUGGGACCGAGGUCUCUCUACAGGCCCUACAGGGAUGCUGGGCAGUCAGCCCAGAUCCCCAGCGGCAGUAUGUAUCCCAGGGAGCUGAAGGUGCUGUACUUCCUCCCCAGCGGCAGUGUGUCCUGCAGGAAGCGGAGACAGUCGGUCUCGCUCCCCAGCAGCAGGGCAAUAUAUUAAAAGGGGAGACAGUUGGUACCCCUCUCCAACAGCAGAGAGUGUUCCAGGGAGAGGAACCGGUUAUCACCUCUCCCCAGCAACAGGACAAAUUAUUGAAAGGGGAGACAGUCGGUCUCCCCCUCCAACAGCAGAGAGAGUGUCAGGGAGAGGAGCUUGUUAUCCCCUCUCCCCAGCGGCAGUGUGUAUCCCAAGGAGCUGAAGGUGCAGUCCUUCCUCCCCAGCGGCAGUGUGUACCCCAGGGAGCUGAAGGUGCAGUCCUUCCUCCCCAGCGGCAGUGUGUACCCCAGGGAGCUGAAGGUGCAGUCCUUCCUCCCCAGCGGCAGUGUGUACCCCAGGGAGCUGAAGGUGCCGUCCUUCCUCCCCAGCGGCAGAGUGUCCUGCAGGGAGCAGAGACCGUCAGUCUCGCACCCCAACCACAGGACAAAAUAAUGAAAGGGGAGACAGCUGGUCCCCCUCUCCACCAGCAGAGAGAGUGUCAGGGAGAGGAGCCUGAUACCCCCUCUCCCCAGUGGCAGUUUACAGUUCAGAGAGAGGAGCUUGUUACACCCUCUCUCCAGCGGCAGCCUAACCCAGCAAGGGGAGAUGUUACACCCCCCAACAGUGCAGAUGGGACUGUAGUCUCUGCACUUACAGCACAAGGGUAGGGACAGUCGGUCCUGUUCCCCAGCCACAGAGCGGUGUAUCCAGAGGGGAGACAGUCGGUCUCUCCCUCCCACAACCAGGCUCCCACCAGGCUACUUCUGUGGUAGCACUGGCAUCAGGGCAGAGUACCGCUGGUCUCUGCCCACUCAGCAACCCACCAAGGCAGCCUAACAGUUGCCCACACAGUCGUGGUGAGGCACCUGGACAUGGACAAAGUUCUCCUCUACCCAGGUGUAGUAACCAGUUAUUGUGGGUGGGCUGUACUGCUGUUUCUGUUUUGUGGGUGGGUUGCUGGACUAACCAGGGCACUGACCGGCAGGAGGUCAGAUACCCUGUUAGUCUAGUUGGUAAAGGGGAGAAGUGUGGCGAAACCAACCUCGCCACUGUGAACUGGAGAAGCCUGGUUGCUCGCCUGCUCCCUUUGGACUAUGGCCCUGCAGGUUAAACCGUUUAUUUCCCCUGCAGAAAGGCUUAUUUGUGUGAUCUGAGUGCCAUUCAUCUAAUAAUGUGCACUCAGAUCCCAGCUAUCUGGGGAUAUGUGAAAUGUCUGUGUGUUAGGUGUAAAUGUGACUUUAUGUAUUUUAAAGUGUUUUGUGUCUUUUUGCAACCAUGUGCUUAAUGGAGUCUUGUGUCUGUCCUGGGAGAUAAUUGAAUUACUUAUCUCCAGGAUAGAAGACUCUGAAACUGGUUUGGGCCAGAAAGCCAUGCUUCAUUUAGUCACAAAGGACUUUUUACUAACUUUUGAACCCCUUGUCUGAUUUGUGCCAUUUUUGAAUAUGUUGUUCCCCUGAAUGGAUUGAUUGUGAAUAUGUAAUUUUAUGUGAAUGUGAUGUAUGGUUUUGGAGUUAUGAAAGUUGGGUAGAAAGUAUGUUUUAACUGUAUGUGACAGUACAGGGAGUUCCUGUUUUAACCCUCAAAGUGAAGUGUCGUCUCAUUAUUGGGGGAAGGAUUUAUUGUAUGCUGUUCCAGUUUGACUGCUAGGAGAGUAAACCUAUUCGUAUGGUUCCUAUUCAACUGUCUACAGCAUUCAUAUGCUUGAGAGAAGGUAUACGCUUCUCUGGUUCGGUGAUUGUGGUGUCGGCUGCAGUGCUUGGAGUCCUCAGGAAGCGCUAGGAGCAUCUUUCAACGGAGGUACCCAGUCGGGGUGCCAGGUGAUCCGUUACAGGUUCCAAAUCAACUAUUUUGCGAGUCUAAUUUCAGUUCACAAUAAUUAAGUGAAAACAAUUAAAUCAUUUAUAUAGCGCCAAUGUGUUCCGCUGCACUGUACAGUUGGUAAAACAAGAUAAGCAAUUCUAUCAAAACAUGUUUGACAUAUGGAAAUAGUAGGAGAUGAGGGCCCUGCCCAAAAGAGCUUACUAUCUAAACUAAACUCCAACAUAAUUAAAUUCACUGAAAUGUACAUUUUAAGGAAUUCUAAAUGAAUUAUAAAUUUGAGACCACAAUAGCCAAACUGGAAGCGUAGCUGACUUUAUCCAGUUGGACCUGAAUGUUUUGGAUUCAAAUCUUAAAUUCGCAGUGAAUUCCUUGCUAUCACGAUGUGCUCGUUGCCAUGGCAAUAAUGCAGAAUGCACCAGUGCAAAGUAACAUUGUAUCUUCACGCACAAGGAGAAACGUUACUUCUUAUUACAGUAACAGGGUAUUUACUAGAGGGAAAAUUCAAAGUAGAUUUCAAUUUAAGGCCAGAGGAGCGAAAACGGAAAGCUUAGGUUGCUUAGAAAUUUUUCCAGUUCAGCUGAUUAAAUCUUAAAUUUGAAAUCCACGUUGAAUUGACCUUGAAAUCUCACGUAAGUGAAUAAGCCUGGUGUAGCGGAGCUGCAAUAUAAAAUCCCAAUAUCUCCGCUGGUACAGAAAGUAAUCCAAGUAAAGCGCUGGAAAAGAUGGCAAUAUCCCAAAUCCCCCAGUAACCGGACGAAACACAGUUCUGGGAGUCAACUGACAAUUUUAUUUAAAAGCUCCAGUAUUUAUGUGAUUCCCCAUGCAAGGGGUUUCCCUAGUCACUUUACAGGGGUUGUACAGUAGAGGACUACAUGGGGAACUGAACAUGCAGGACAUUUUUCCCACCAUGCACUGCUGUACGAGAGGGAUACUCCCACUAGAAUAUCUUGUUAAGUGAAUGAUCCCUCCAUACAGCAGGACCGGCUUUUCACACAAAAAUAUGUAACUUAUACUUUAUUUGUGCCAUUGUACCGAAUGACCGUUCGGCAGAUAGCUGGGGUCUGAGCGCACACUUUGGGAAAGUACCGCUCAGAUCCCAGCAUAAAUAACCAAACGCCGCAUGAAAUACAUUUUACCAUCAACUUUUCAGAAGGUCAUGAAUGCAUAGGUUGGAAGCAAGUACCGAAAGACCGGCGCUCCCGAACGGCCUGGAAGUCCAGCACCGUCGAGUAGCCGAUUGUAGUUCCAGGCACUCGACGACCAAACACCACUGGGCUAAAAGAAAAUCCAAGAUGACCGCCGCCGCGUGGUCAGUAGCCGAACGACGGCCACCCGGGAAAUCAAUUAGCAGCCGAUGGAUACGAUGUUGUGACCAGUUAAUGGGAGCCACACGACCCCCUGUGUGUGGCUCCCAUUCGGUACUUUGUUCGUUUCACGAAUAGUGUGGAAAGUCACUGUUCGUGAAACUACGAUAUGAAUGCUAGCGGUUUUCGGCUGUUAGCAUACGAAUGUUCUUUAUUACAGGUAUAGACGAAUAUAUAAACUAACAGAGCAGAAACAGCUUUUCUGGGACAACCUGUAGACAUAGAAUAACAUAAUCUGAAGUGGCUAAGUUUGCCACACCUGGCUAUGUUUUAUCUCAGCAAUUGAGAAUGUAGACUUCUCACAUUAACAUAUUUUGGUAAGAUCUGUAACUAAGCAGUGAGCAUUUCUAUACUGUAUUGUUUCUUUAACCCUUGUAACCUGUUUAUACUUUAGAGUUAUUCGGGGCUUAAAUAGAAAUCUGCUAUAUUCUCAGCAUUUUUGGCCUAAGUGUCAAAUCUUAGUUGACAUUCACACCUGCUUUUUCAAAGACUCACAUCUUUCAUCGAUUCAUACAAACGUUGCCAAUUUCAGGCCUCCCAACUGUCCCUCUUUCGGCAGGACAGUCCUGAUUUGGGGUCCUUUCAGGCUGACCCGUUUUAGCUCCCUGACCCACCCACUUGUCUCCGGCAAUUGGUGCCUCUUGAGUUUAUCUCCACUGAGCAAAACAAAGCAGGAAGUAACAGGACCAGUGUCUGAUUGAAAACUGGGGAUGGGAUGUGGAUAGUGUAACAAGGUUAAUUUGUAAAUGUGUCAAUUUCUAUUGAAGUCUGCACUUUUUAUAAAAUGAGAAAAAGAGGACACACUUCCCGCAUAAAACGUUUCAGAAAGCUAAAGUUCUUUGGGGGUCUAGACUUUCAUUUUAAUGGCAGGACAGCCUGGUAUUAAUGCACGGCAGGCUUCCUGUCCGUCACUAAGGCCGGCCCUUUGAGGGCAGGACAUGCAUGGAGCGCUGUUUCAGUGUUCCCUGCAGGGUCCUGUUGCCGUAAACAUAGGCAUAGCACGAGAGCAUCAUAAGACACGCUUGCGCUAUGUGGGCAGUUUCCUGGAGUCCCCAAAAGCUGGACACCAGCAAAUUAAAGCGGGAUGGUGGAACAUGGCCGAAAAUCGUGACUGUCCUGCUGAAAUCGGGACUGUUGGCAGGCAUGCACUAUGCAUGCAAUCAAUUUUUAAUCUGAAUUGAAUCUACGCUAUUACUGUUUGAGUCAUUUCACCCCAUUUCAUUUAGAUGGUCAGCUCUCACCACCUCUUGUUUUUGUAAGUCGAACCUUGAAUUACUUAGUAUGUCUCAUGACACCUGGCUGUUUAGUUAAUAAGCCCCCUUGUCCAACUAUGCAGCACAGCAAAAAAUAUGUGUAAAACCAUUCUAUGGGCGAGAUUCGCUACGCUGUGAAAAAAUGCUUUCGCUUCUCUCGUUAAUUGAUGUAUAAUACGUUGUUUCAGGUAGGACAAAAAACACUAUUUCUGUACCAGCAACAUUUAGUAAAAAAAAGAACUGGUUUGGAAAUAUCCUAGAAUUCAGCUACCAUUACUGCUUGGCUCUUUCAGUCUGAAUGCUGCAUUCAGUUUUAAGUUAGCUAUAAUUUGGGGUUUAAUAAAUAAACGUCUCUGUACAUACAAACCAGGCUGAGCCUUUUUCCCCACCGCGAGGUUUGCGCCAAGGAACAUUUAUAACUAAUGUACAUCCACACGGCCUAAUCACAAGCAUUUACUGUGAGAUGAGCCAUUCAACUCGUUUAUUUCUCCUUUGUGAUUUAAUUCCUUCAUUAUUAAUAUUUAUGACCUAAAAUUAUCAGGACAACAGGAGACAGAGCGCAGUAGCCCGUACGCGCAGUCACUGACUAAUCUUCUUUUCUUUGCAUUACACGUACAUAGAGAAACGGGUUCGCUGCCCCAGUUACUGUAUUUACAAAUCAUUAUGAUUUCUAAGCCAGUUGAUUCUGCCGGUGGAAGCAACCUACCGUUGUGGCUUUAUUUGGGAAUAAAGACAUUAAGCCCACCUCUGUGUUCUAUUGUGUGCAAUGCGGCUGGUGCUCCUGGGGAGUGGGGGGUGUUUACUGAGCUAUACAUUACCUACAGCAAAUUCCAAGGAAAUCAAUUAUGGCAAAGAAGACUGUAGACGUGGAAUGAAAAAUGAAGGGGGGGCGGAAGCAUUUGUACACAGGUUCCUGGGACCCCUAUAAUCAGCUCCUGUCACAUUCAUUACCUCAUUUGUAGGAGAUGAGGCUCCCGGUCAAUAUCAACCUAUAACCCAGUCAUGGCCCAACCUACCCGCAGUCCGGCUCCUGUCCAAUAUCAACCUCUAACCAUUGUCCAACCUACCUGCAGUCUGGCACCUGUCCAAUAUCAACCUCUAACCCAGUCAUGGUCCAACCUAUCCGCAUUCCGGCUCCUGUCCAAUAUCAACCUCUAACCAUUGUCCAACCUACCUGCAGUCCAGCACCUGUCCAAUGUCAACCUCUAACCCAGUCAUGGUCCAACCUACCCACAGUCCGGCUCCUAUCCAAUAUCAACCUCUAACCAUUGUCCAACCUACCUGCAGUCCGGCACCUGUCCAAUGUCAACCUCUAACCCAGUCAUUGUCCAACCUACCUGCAGUCCAACUCCUUUCCAAUAUCAAGCUCUAAUCCAGGCAUUGUCCAACCUACCUGCAGUCCGGUUCAUGUCCAAUAUGAACCUUUAACCCAGUCAUUGUCCAACCAACCUGCAGUUCGGCUCCUGUCCAAUAUCAGGCUCUAAUCCAGUCAUUGUCCAACCUACCUGCAGUCCAACUCCUUUCCAAUAUCAAGCUCUAAUCCAGUCAUUGUCCAACCUACCUGCAGUCCGGCUCCUUUCCAAUAUCAAGCUCUAGUCUAGUCAUUGUCCAACCUAUCUGCAGUCCGGCUCCUGUCCAAUAUCGCUCUCCUGCCCAAUUUACAGGCGGUUCAGCUCUUGUCUAAACUUUUAAAUGAAAGUCUUAAAUGGAUUAGGCACCCCAACAAGAUUUUUUAAUCCCUCGCCAAAAUUAUAUGAGAAAAGGUAGUUUCUUCCUGGCUAAGAAUGAUUUCAUUAUGUUUUUGGUAAAUAUAAUGAGAAUUUAUCAAAUCCCCCCUUAUCUGUGUGUCUUUUAAUAUUUAUUAUGGCACAAGAGAAUGAGAGACUUGCGCAGGCUUGCACUCUAUCUCACAGUGCAAUUUUCACAUAUAAAUGUGGUUUUCCUGAGGUGUAAUAGAGUGAGUACAUUGAGAAUGGAACCAGUAUUCAAUCUUUGGUAGUAAUGAUGUUGGAGAUAAUUUAAAUUAUUUGCACGCAACCAGCUGUCCGGCCAUCUUGAACAAUUGUAAAUCAGCUCUUAACCCCUUAAGGACACAUGACAUGUGUGACAUGUCAUGAUUCCCUUUUAUUCCAGAAGUUUGGUCCUUAAGGGGUUAAAGAGGAUCCUUUAUUGUCCUAAACAUGACAUUUUACAGUUUACUUAAUACAAUUAUAGAAUGUUCUUUACAAGUGUACAUUGUGAAUUUAAGAUUAGAAAAUCUACCAAAUCUGUUUUCAUUUUGAAGGGCACCGAUCUUAAUAAUAAUAAUUACAUUAAUCUAACUCUGCUAAACACGGGGUGUGAGAUCGGGGUAAGCAUUGUAAGCUUGUUUCAGAACAGCAUUCUUAACCUCUUCCUCUUUUUAUAAUUUAAAGUGCAGAGGAAUAUAUUGGCGCUAUGUAAACUAUAACAAUAAUAGUAAUAUAUAUAUUACUAUCACUUUAAUACUGGCCAGAAUUCUCCCUUAAACUUAACAUCCACGUGCCCAGGCAUUUACAGGAUUAAUGUACUUGGCUUCUAUUUUUACCGCACAGAAUGGAAAAGCCGAAGAGUCCAUAGUAGUAAUUUUUCCUGGAAUCUUUUGUAUCGCACGAUGGGCGCAAUCAAUAUAAUACCCACCUCUGUCACUGCGAAACACCAGUAAGGAGAGGUGGGAGUGAGGGAUAAGGUGUGAGGCUAAACAUAGCCCCCAAAUACAAGUGGGCCCUCUGAAGAGAUGAAUGACAGCGGCAGUAGUCACGGACGACAAUGGCUUCUAUUUAUAGCGUAGCGGAACAAGCAACCAGCCAAGAGCAGUCUCACACAGGGUGUCAGCCUACCGAUCCACCCACCACGGCUUCUGAACUCUCGGAAAUGGCGAUGUCACCCUACCAUCUGCUCUCCGGGGACAAGGACCCCCUGAUAACCUUGCACGUGUAA